UUCCAAACCCACCAUUCGACCUCCGCGGCCACGCCUUGGAGAAGGGUUUCGGCUUCCGGCUAAUGGCCUAUAAAAGCAGCAGAGAAAUUUCUCGAGAACAGAAAGAAAAGGAAAAAUCCCUUCUAGUUCAGACAUCGAUCGAUCUCAGAAAGGGAAAACUCCCACGAGAAAGGGUAAUUCUUUGUAUUCAUCUGUCCUGUUUGUUCUACCGUUGUUCAUCUGGUGGAAGAUCUUCUCUGGUGGACUGUUACAGUGCAUGAGUUUAUAACAGAGACAUUUAUUUGUUAAAUGGAUGAUUUAGUGGAAAAAUCUCCUGCAGUUUCAUGCCAAAACACUGAAGUUUCUAAAAAAGCCGUGAAAGAAUGUCCAAUGAAUGUGUACAUAUGGGACAUGGAUGAGACACUUAUAUUGUUGAAAUCUUUAUUGGAUGGGACAUACGCUGGGGUUUUUAAUGGUUUAAAGGACACGAGAAAAGGGGUCGAGAUUGGGAAGCGUUGGGAGAACCACAUUCUUCAAGUUUGUGAUGAAUAUUUCUUUUAUGAAGAGAUUGAGAACUUCAACGAGCCUUUUCUUAAUGCUUUAAAUGAAUGUGAUGAUGGAAGAGACCUGUCAAAUUAUGAUUUCAACAAUGAUGGUUUUGGUGCUCCUUAUGAUGAUUCCAACAAAAGGAAACUUGCAUAUCGACAUCGUUCUAUUGCACAGAAGUAUGCGCAGGGUUUGCAGAAGGUUCUUGACCAAGAAAUGAUUAGACUCUGGAAUGAUCUAUACAAUUUGACUGAUAGUUAUACAGAUGGAUGGCUUUCUUCAGGACAUGCUCUUUUAGAGCAAACCUUGGGCAGAAACAGGAUCUUGGCUUCUGAGCUUGUAUCGUCUGAAAUAGCAUCUGGAUCCGUUGAUACAAAAUGCCAAAACAUUAAUGUCUUAGUUACUUCAGGAUCAUUGAUUCCCAGUCUUGUCAAGUGUUUGCUCUACCGGUUGGAUGAUGUGAUCUCACAUGAUAAUGUUUACAGCUCAUGGGAAGUGGGCAAACUCCAGUGCUUCUCGUGGAUCAAGGAGCGUUUUGAUGGCCCAAAUGUCCGGUUCUGUGUGAUUGGAGAUGGGUUAGAAGAAUGUGAAGCUGCACAGAUAAUGAGGUGGCCAUUCAUUAAAAUAGAUUUCCGACCUAAUGGUCCUCAUAGAUUUCCAGGUCUAACUAGGAGUAUGGUUCACAGUUAUAUUGAUGUGAUAUAUGGACCACCACAUGUUGAAGCUGAAAAUGAUGACGAGUGACAGCUAGUAAGCUGUCAUAUUAGUUGCAUCUGUGCUUCUUCUAUCAGUAACUUGGGCACCAGCCAAUUUACUUCCACUUUUUCACUCUUCAAGCAGAAUCUCUUCGAAAGCUUUAAUGCUCCAUACAUGGGGAAAUAGGGCAUUCUGGGGUCCGGAUCUUGUCUGUUAAUCUUCACUGUUGGUGGUCGUUAAUUGCUAUUUCAUGUCAUUUUGAUUGUUGAUCUGUAAUAUCUUUUUUUAGCUUUUCCUGCCUAUAUUUGUAGCAGCAAGAAUAAUUAUGGGGCCAACAACUCUACCUCUUUGUAAACUGGCGCCUUUAUCUUCUUUCUCUAUGUAUUGUAUAUGUUUAGGGAAGGGGAUGGACAAGUCUUAUACAAGCAAGCGAAUUAUGUUGUCACUUGUGGAUGGUGUGUGCGUCUCAGGCUUCUGCCCCUAUUAAAAGGUGUCCAUGAACCGGAAAUGAUACCGCUUUGUGCAAAAGAUGAGCAUCUGAUCAGGCAUCCUUUUGUUUAACUCCUGAAUUACGCAAGAUGGUUUUUCAGUCUAGUUGCAUAUUUGCUUCACCACAGAUAUCAUCUUUUGAGCUGGUUAACUUUCCAGUGUAAGAAAGGCAGGUUUGGGAUCAAUCGGUGCUCAAAAUGUUUGCUUUGCUUGGCAAAUGGUUUUGAUUGUACAGUCAAAUGUUUAGUAGUUUUAAUUUGCUGUACUUGACAAUGGUCAUUUAAUGACUGAUCCAGCCAGUGAUCCUUUGUUUACGACAGUAACAAUAUUCUAAUAAUUGAAAGUUUGUUGGAUACUUGGAUUAUU